AUGGUCCGAAGUGUUUGUGAAGAUCGUCCUAAACAGUGGGAUUAUGCUUUGCCACAGGUGGAGUUUGCUUAUAACAGUGCAGUGCAUAGUGCAACAGGGAAGUCACCAUUCUCCUUAGUUUAUACUGUUGUUCCUCGACAUGUGGUUGAUCUAGUGAAGCUUCCUAGUGUUAGUGUUACUGCUGAGGGUAUGGCUAGAGACAUGCAGGCUGUUCGAGACAAAGUUAAGGACAAGCUGGAAGCAACUAAUGCUAAGUAUAAUGCUGCAGCUGAUAAACAUCGCAGAGGAAAAGUGUUCCAAAAGGGUGAUGACGUGAUGGUGUUUCUGAGGAAAGAGAGAUUUCCUGUUGGUAUCUCUAACACCUUUAAUGUGGUUGACCUGCAUGAGUUUCAUGAAGAUGAGGUUCUUUAUCCAGAUGAGAACUCGGGGUCAAGUUCUUCGAAGGUGGAGGAGACUAAUGCAGAAUGGAUGGCAGCCCAAUUCGAAGAACAGUUGGAUCGUGCUAAAGGAGGAAAACGAAAAGUGACUAGUAGACAGGAAACAGUUCGUUAUCAAUCCGACUGCGUCAGUACUACUAGUUCCACGCAUGUGAUCAAGAUCAUCAAGAGGGAUGAAACGAAAUGGGUGUUUGGAUGUGUCAAAGAAGACGGCGGAGAUAGGAGUGUGGCAGUGACAGAAUCUGGGGUCGGAUAUAAGAGAGAGCCAGUGCUUGGAGACACAUUUGAAUCGGACCAGAGGCCUAGUAGGCACACGCACAAGGAUUUGGGUAAGGAGUUCUUCGGUGUUGGCUACGGUUUCUGCUGUGCUACUGAUGCAGCGUUCGGGGUAGAAUCUCUGCGCCAUCUAAAUUCUAAUUGA